AUAUUUUCUCAUGGCAGUUAAAAGAUGCAUUAAAAAUAUACUUCAUAUUUAAUGUACUUUAAUUCAUAUUUAUUAACAUCAAAUACAAAAAGGCACUACUGUUGACUUAAAGAACUGAGGAGAUGGCUUCUGCAAUAAUGAUGUACGUUUUACCCAUGAUGCUUGGCCAAACAUAUGAUCUGGGAAAAGAAAAACCUGGUCUUCAGAUAUACCCCACAUCUGUUGCAGAAAACUCUAUUAAAAUUGAGCAUUAUUUCACCGACUCUCAAUAUAAGAUGGUAGAAAACGCAGGAGAAAUAAAAGAUUUUCUGGAUAUCAGCGGAAAACUUUCUCUAAAAAUUAAAGGCGGAAUAGUAGACAUCGGCGGGGAAGGAAAUUAUCUCAAAGAUAGUUCUUCGAAGAGCAAUGGAAUCGAAAUAUUAGUUAAAGUGCAUUUUGAAACGGUUACGCAGACUAUACCUACUUCAUUGAAGCCAAAUGCCGGGUGGAGUUUAAUGAACAAGAAAUAUUUAGGCACGCAUUAUUGCCGAAGCAUCACUUAUGGCGGGGAUUUGGUGGCCUCGAUACGCAUCAGUAGUUCAAACAGUUACGACUUAGAGCGGAUUAAAGGAGCUAUUAAUGGAGGAGUGAAAACUAAAGGAGGAUCUUUUACAUUAGAUGUGAAAGGCAAACUAGAAAAAUUGAAAAAUGACGCCCAAGACAGUAGUUCGAUGGAAAUAAAUUAUUACGCUUCCGUUCCAAUUCAUGGAGUAUCUUACGAUAUCGAUGGUUUAAUGAAACUCAUCGAUGAUUUCCCUAAUCAAGUAAAGAAAGUGAAUGGUGGCUUAGGCAAUCCACUGAGGAUGGAACUCUAUCCAUUAAGUUCGUUGCAAGAAGAUCUUCCAGUGUAUUAUGAGAACAGAGCUUUGGCAGACGAAUUAGAGGAUUUAGAAGAACAGUUUGAUGAUCUGAGAGAAACUAAGCAAAAUUUGGGAGUCUGGAUGUCGGAUUUGCCACCAGUAAUUCCUACUAAUAUACAAAAAAAGAUGGAAACUUUCAUUGAAAAGAUCAAUAAAAUCUUCGCUGUUUACUUGAAAACUAUUGCCAAUCUCGAUAUUGCUGAGGGGGCAUCAACUCAACCAAUCCAGGAUGCUUUUAAUAGUUAUAAGGAUGGCGAAUACAUCAUGCCUCAAAAAUAUAUCAGAAAAUUUAGACUGUUGCAGAAAGAAAUAUAUGAAGAAGCUCCCGAAUUAAAGCCAAGGAUUGGCGGAGCUCAAUAUAUCCGUUGGGGAAAAAGUCAAUGCGAUUCUGCUGACAGCGAAACAUCACUCAGCGGAGUUACCUCAGCUUCAGAUAUUGGUCAAAGUGGAGGAUCGAGUGAAUUUCUGUGUUCUCCUUCAAGCCCCGACAACGUUGAUCCUAGUGAUUAUUUUAAGAAUUACGAUCCACGAGAUGCAAAAUAUAAUCAUCUUUUAGUCAGUCCUAUUAGGUAUCGUGGAGAUUUGCAGAGGUUUAAAUCAAUUAAAAACAAGCCAAUUGCCUGUGCUCGCUGUAGAGUCUCUCAAAGAACUGCUGUUUUAAUGAAAGCGGCGGUCACUUCCUGCCCCAACGACAACUGGGUGAAAGAAUACGAAGGCAUCUUAAUGGCUCCAGGCAUGAGCAAUGCUAAAGGAGAGUUUAUCUGUGUGGAUAAAGAAAUGCAAGUUCCGGCUAGUAAAAUUACCUUUGGCAGCUCUAUAGAAUCUCGUUUGUCAGAGGUACAAGAAGUCACAAUUGCAUGUGGUUCUUUGCCUUGUGGACCUUACGAAGUAUCCCAGGCAUUCCCAUGCGUAGUUUGUACUAUUUAAUUAUGGGAAAAAGGACUCUCAAAAUGAGAAAUCAUUUUAGAGUAAAAUGGUUAAUUUAGCUUGUUUGGUUUCUGUGAUUUUAAAAAUAAAUAGAAAUUAUGUCCAAAG